AUGGCAACCCAUACACAUUCCCCAACCACAGAACCAGACCCCGCUCGAAUCCAGAGCUCAGACUCGACUCCAGACCUUCCUCAUGCCACGUCUUCUCGCUUCAGUAGCUCGCCUAUCUCGACCGCGGACUCGUUUUCUGAAGAGACAAGCCUUCAGACGAUAUCCACAGAAUCCACACCCAAGUCCGAAACCGAUCCUGAGCACAGAGAAACCAUAGCCGCGACAAUCGCUGGAGAAGGCGGUCUUGAGCGGACGGACUGCGGGAGUGCGGAUUCGGAUCAGGGGUCCACGACUCAAACGGCGAGCGAGGAGGACGAGGACGAAGAGGAUGAGAAGGAGGAGGAACAGUUUGGUGGCGACGGUAUUCAAGGAGGGCGUCCUCUUUUGGUGGCCCAAUGGAUGGCGAGUUUGGGGACACCAACUGACAAGGACUAUGGAUUGCAUACACGGACCCCGACUCGCUCCCGAAGAGGUGGCAGGACGAUCGAUCAUUUCGCAAGACGAACGACGCGAUCUACCUCUAGUCGGCCAGAGCCCGAUGAUUUGCUCGCGUACCUGAGGAAAAAAUCCGAUAUCGACACGGGCGAGGAACCGGGUGAUACAGAAGGAUUGAUUUUCGAGUCUAACAAAGCCGAGUUCUUGAACGAGGACGGUGAUGAGGAGGAGGAUGGGGAUGAGAUACCGCUACCAAAGACGCCUAGCAAAUCCAGACCCCCUUUACGGGAUCUCCAGGCGACCAUGAUGAGAGAGUCACCGAGGACACCAGGAUCAUGGCUGGAUCGAUGGAAGUAUAAUAUUAUCAUGACCCAUACGACAAUGAAGCCGCCCACCAUCUUGACAGAGAAGGAGAUUGAUUCCGUGGAGGAUGAUGAUGAGGAGUCGACACCGUUUGAGGACUCUACAGAAGCGGGAUUGAUGACACCGACACGGAAGUGGACGAGGCAACCUCGCGAGCCAGAUCUGGCCCGGUUGCUGGCUACAGAUACGAAGGCCGAGACAGAUGAGACAUCAGAUGAUGAUGUCGAGAAGGUGAACGAGUCCCUUGGACGGAGGAUGAAGCGAUCCAUUGCCGAAGACGAGGAUUCCGAGCAAUCGUCGACGCUAUCGUGUUCCGUUGGAUGUUCCGCCCCUGCCCAUGCUGUCUAA